AUGUUGAGGUCUUUGUCUAAAAAUGUGUCCAGAAACUUACUUGCAGCAAGGAAUUUAUGGCCUGUCUUGAACGUUAGACAACUUAGUUUGGCACCAGCCAUUACUAAACCUAUGAACAGUGCAAUUUUCAACUGUGACCGAAUUGGAUCUAUUAGAUUUAACUCUAGUGCGCAAUUUAAGCCUGAAAAUCAACAAAUGAUGAUUGCGUUCACCUGUAAAAAGUGUGAUACCAGAUCAUCCCACACAUUUUCGAAACAAGCAUAUACGAAGGGAACUGUAGCCAUCCAAUGCCCUGGGUGUAAAAAUCGACACUUAAUCGCCGAUAAUUUGAAAAUCUUUGAUGAUAAUAAAUUCAACUUGGAGGAUAUAUUGAGGGCGAAGGGCGAAUCAGUUGACACAACUACUAACGAUUUGGUCUUUGAAGACAUACCGGAAUCGUUAAAGGGCACCUUGGGACACUAUGCCAAAGAUGCGCCGGAAGAAUAUUCAAAAGAUGAAAAUGAAAACGACACAAAGGGAUUACCUAACAAAUAG